AUGAAAAAGAUGGUUUCUGUAGAAAAAUAGUGUGUUGAUCAGUAAUUUAAGUAUCACGAACAGAUUUUUUAAAUUGCUGAUAUGAUUUAAUUUUUAAAUUUGUUUUUGAGUCUAUGGAUGAUAUGCAAUGGUGUAAACAGGGCUUUAUCAUGGAAACGUGCAAACAGCAGCGCCUCUAGCGGCAACCGAUGGAACGACGACAGCUGUCAAGCGCCACAUUCAAGCGAGUUUCAUAACUGACAAACUUUGUUUCUUUCUCUCUCGCUUCGAGAACAGUUUUAUUCCGCAUAUUAUCAUGUUGCAUCAAUUAUCAGUUUUAUAACAUUUCGUAUUGUUUGCUACCAACUACCAACUGUCUCCACUUAUGCAGGAAAGUUCGUUCCCGAAAAGAAAACUUAUAGAAGCGAGUGUUUGCUGUCAGGAAGCAUACCGUUGCGUUCCAAACGGAAUAAAAGCGAACAUGGUAAAGGGAGAUAUGGAAAUAAGAAAAGCGUAAACAUCAAGCAAGUGUACCUGCAAACACGGCAAACCAAAACAGAGCGAAAAACACCACGCAUACUGCAAAGAAUGUACGUUUGUUUGUUGGAUUGCUUUAAGCAGUGUUUGAACUGAACCGUUGCAUACGCUUAUCGCGCUGCAGCGAUCGUGGUGAACUCGCGGUUAAAGACAGCUGCGUGGUGCAAUUCGGGAGAGCGUCAUGUCCGUUAGUGUGACCGUGCAUGAUGUUGAGCUGCCGAUGGUGCCGAGCCCGUUGGGAGAUCUGGAAAGUGUCCGUAAGAUUGCUAACGAAAAACUACGCAUCCGACGGCUGGUACAGGUCCGUCAACAGUCAAAACAGCUAGCAGCAAAAGUGCGACAAAAUUAUCAGCAUGCCAAGGAAAAAGAGUUGGCCAAAAUUGAACAAACGAAACGUGAAGAAGUGAAGGCCUGGAAACGGCAACACAUUCGCAACUUGCAGGAGGAAUACGCGCGGAAUGUGUGUGAAGUUGGUGAAGCACACCGGGCAGCCGAAGCCGCAGAAGAGUGUGCCGUGUGGUUUGAAGAAAAGCGUGCAACUCAACAGGCAGUCGCGUUACAGCGAGGGAAAACUGCGGAAGCAAACGUGGCCCGGGAACGGGACCGUAAAGAGGCACAGAAAGAAGCAAAGCUGCGGAAGAAACAAUACGUGCCAUCAAAAUCUAUAGCCGUUCAAACAGUAAUUCCUGCUGUCGAGUUACCGGUGGCCGUAAAUACACAAAAAGAUGCUUCUGCCAUUCCGCCCGACGGUGACACUUCUACGGAACCAACGCCAAGCCCGUAUGAACACUUUCGAUCUAGUAGGCAUCGAAAAAACUUCCACGCGCUGCCCGCAACUAUUCCGUCCGAGUCGGAAGAUGAACUUUCCUGUCCAGGUAGUAGCCCGGUCCAUAUCGACAAAGAGAAUGUUCCAGCGGUAGGACAUGAGUACAGUGCUACUGCCUUCACGUCACCAAGCGACUAUCGACCGACCGCUGUUUCAUCACUACCGAAACCACAACGACUACAACCCUUCACCCAGAUCACGGAAUUGAUCCAGCAAAGACGCCGCCAACGACAACACUCGUUGCACGAUGAGACUAGACAACAUUCCGGUGCAUACCGUGACACUUACGGCACACAGAAAACGGUUCAGUUUGAUAAUCUGAGUGACAAUACACUUUCCUUUCCCACAAGCUCAGUUCUCACCCAUGACGAUCAGCGUCCGUAUAUGAUGGGAACGAAUGAAUCGCCCCGAAAAGUGCCACCCCGAAAGAUAGUGGAAAAACCAAAAACUCAACCGCCAGUGCAGGGAAGCGAUCAACAACAGGAAGACGUGGUAGGAAAGCGGCGUAGGAAAGUGGUCCCACCAGAGUCAAGCUCGUCCACCGCGUCGUACGGAGGUGCGUGUAGUACGAAGGUGCAAUACUACGAUUGUAACACCAAAUAUCGAAAGGAGUACGAUCAACCGGUUGGGUUUGUGCAGCGCGAAGAACACCGAUCGGAUGAUCCUACCGGCAUGGAGGAAGCUAAUAGAUACGAGCUGCUGCAGCAAGAACUUGCCAAAGCACGAAGCAAACCAUUGGUGGACCGUACAAAACCGGCAUUAGAAAAGCAACAAACGAGAAAAGAUUAUGAAAAGCUGUCGAAGGAGUUGGACAAUCUAACGCGAGCGGAAAAUAAGCUGAAAAGUUUAGCUAUACCGGCAAAAUCCGUACCUUCGGAAGCAAUAAUUAAACAGCAGACAAUAUCACGUCAACGGAAGGCAGCCGAAGCGGUUGAAAAUUUGUUACGCCAACGAGCCGUUGUAACAUGUCCCAUUGUACAAAUGCAAACAUCGUCCGAUCUGCAUCAACCGACCGUGCGUCCAUCUGUGGUAAAUGUGGCACAAAUGAAAACUGCAAGUGGUACUAUUCAGCUGGAAAGGAAAGAUACUUCCACCGACAGUUGCGCCUCGAUCGUGCUGGACACGUUCGAACGUCCGGGCAUUCCGCUACCGUCUGAGGCAACCGGUGGAAUGGACAAAAUAGCGAAGCUGAAGGAACUGUUGGAACAAAUUAACGAGCAGCGCCGUUUGCUAACGGAAGAGCUGACCCGGGAGAAGGCGGAACAAUUGGCAAAAGCAUCCGAACGAAAGAUGGACGAUGGUACGGCUAAGCUGGAAAUAGAGCGACUUGAGCGUAUGAAACGACGCCAAGAGGAAUUGCUUGAACAGCAACAACUGUUACAGAAGCGAGAACAGGAGGUAGAAGAAUUAGGUCGCCAGUUGGAAGAGAAGAUGGCAAUGCUACAGAAAAAGCAACAAAAGCAUCACCAGGUAGAUGAGUCCGAUAAGAAGAGCAAAAGGGAUGCAAAGAAAACUCCUACGGUACAUGUAGCGACAAAGGCUCAAAAAGGGACAAUCGAUGUGGAUGUGGUUCAUCCUUCAUCUGCCGGAAGCAGUAUCAGCGAAGCUAGCAAGGACUCGUACGAAACCGUUGAAAAGCGAACAGGUGAUGCACCACCGCCGGUAAAAAUUAUCAUCACCGUAAACGAUAAAGGAACACCAUCGAAAAUGAAGCACAAGAAAAAGUUGGCUCACAGGAAAAAAUCUCCAGUAAGAUCUGAAAAUCCAGAAAACCAAGUAGCGGUCGAAUCGGAACCAAUCCAACCGAUCAUAAAGCCGCUCGCAACACGGAAAGAUGUGCUGGCCAAAAAGAAGGUAAUAGAAUUCUCGCCGGGCAGUUCGUCGACGACAUCGACCGUUUAUCGACCGCUUCCUCCGAAGAUCGGUAGUUUAAAGAUCCUUCAGCGGGAAGUUCCCGGUGCUGCGGCAAGCGAAACAAACAAACAAAACCUUCCCGAAGGUACGAAGGGUUCUUCCGGACCAAAGUAUCAUCUGUCGAAAAGUGAUGGCCGCAGAAAGGUGGGCAUUGCGAGUACAAAAGGCAUCCCAACGGGUGCGAAUUUGAACCCAAAUUUGCUCAAGUACAUUGUCCGAUUGCUCGGUAUGUCACGGCAAUCGAUUGACCAGCUUGGAGUGAGCUCGACGAGCGUUUCGACGCCAAACGAAUCGAUCGUGAACGUGAGCAGUAAUGCAGUUGGUGGUCAACCGGUGGUUGUUCAAGCUGCUCCCCUUGCCCCGAACGAAGAGGAAAUCGAGCGCGUCAAUCGGUUGAGGAAGUUUAUCGAUGAAAAUUAUAACUUUCUGCAAGAGAUCGACGAAACGCUACGACGAUCCGAUCAAUCAACGUUGGGUAGCAGUGAUCGGAGUGGUGUUUCAGCUGCGAACGAUGGCAGUUUGAUGAACGAACCGUCGGAUGAUGCUGAAGUAAGCCGUGUGGAAGGGAUAUGGAUGGAAACGUUACGGCGCAGAGAACGAGUGAUGCAGAAACAGCAAAGGAAAGUGCCGGUGGGUACCGACGUGCUGCCAUCAAUGGGAAAAACGGGUAAAAAGCAGCAUGAUAAACGGAAAACUGUAGAUAGGGAGAGUCAACCGACCCAACCUACUUCUGGCGAGCCAUUGCCCUAUGGUACAAUUGAAGCAGGUUCACAAGAGCCAACGGCCCCGCCGCCACAACUACCAAAACCGACAGUGAAGGAAGGAUCCUUAAAAUCCAUUCUAAAAUCUCCCAAACGAGACGCAUCGUCGAAAGUGGCAAAAAUCAUUACACCCCAUGGUCAUGUGGAGGUUAUCAAUCUGAGCGAUCGAGAAGAGCAAGAAGUGCUUGAACGUUAUUCCCAACUCACGGAACAAUGCAGCCAACGCAUAACGGAAUUGUCCCAGAUGAUUAAUCAGGUGCGUGAAGAGAAGCGGCGCCUAAUCGAGGACAGUCUCUCAUCCCUAGAGCAGCAAGAAUCGACUAAAUAUAUGGAUUUGCCACCAGCGAUCAGCUCUGGCGCUGCACAACCACCAUCGCAGACAGCAAAGAAUCCGUCAGACGUAGUGUCCUCACCGCCGGGACCAUCCGCUCCCAGUGGAGUGCCGAUCGGAGAUGAUCCGGUGAGCGAAGAGAUUGAUAACAUCUUCUCCUCCAAACAGAUCGGACUCAGCAAAGACAGUGGUAUUGCAAUGUCCCGUCCACUGACCGCGUCUGAUAUACGCGAAAGUCCCUCCGAGGAAGGUAGCCAGGGCAAGGAACCACUUCCAUUCGAACCGUUCCUGAAGGAUAUUCCCAAACCGCAAACGCAUCCGUCUUCCUCGGUGGAGGUUGGCUUAGCACCAAAAAUGGUGUUCGUUGGUAGUGGUGCUUUACGUCGCAGCACUCCCCCGGUUGCCAUUGCGCGAUUUAGUCCACAGCUACCGGAUGAGCUGCCCAUGCACGAACUGUCUACGAUUCCCGAAGUGGAAACACCGGCACCGGCAGUAGUUAACGGUAGCAAAGUGAACGAUCUUUCGACGGUAUCAGUUACGGCCGUAGAUCAUGCAAACACUGAUGAGGUACUGGCUGAAGCACGCAAUCGGUUGCUGCUGAAUGAACCGUCGAUCCCAGACAUUGGAUACGACCAGUUCCCGAACUACGAGGAGUAUGUGCGAAGUACAACAACCGGUCCGUCGACAGGAACAGCAUCGUUCGUGCGUAUUGACCUAGAACAAACAGUCGAACCAGUGGAAAAGUCGGCGUUAGGGUUAGAUAUGACGGAAGAUCGUGAACCGGAUAGGUUAGCGUACAGGAAAUUCCCUGGUCCAGCACCAACGUUUGAUAUCACGGAAGAAGGCGAAGCAACGCUACGAUCAGUUGCAUCCGGAAGCACUGCAAACAAAUCAGGUUCUGACGCAUCGCUCCCUGAUGUGGUGGCUGAACUGAAAAAGUUAAACAUUAUCGUUAAACCGUUCAACAACUCACUGGACAAUUCGAAUCGUUCGACCCCUCUCUCUGAAACGCAAGAUGCGCCACCGACAGCGAAUGAACAGCAGCAGCAAAGACCUACGCGACAGACAGCGCAAUCUCGUAAUGGUGCCGACCGGCAAGAGACCCCAUCCGUUCUUCAACAAUUGUCCGAAUCAUUCAGGCGUGAUCUAGAGAACGCCGGAUUUCACUGGGCAUCGCCUGUGCUGAAGCGAUCGCAACUCGAACAGCAUUCGAGCGGUUCGUCACCCAACUCGCUAGCGGCAGAAGCAAAAAUUGUCGGUCCGAACGAUGAAACGGUCGAAAAUGAAGCCGAUGGGAUGGGUAAACCGCCGAGUCUUGCGGAAUUUAUAACACGCGAACUGAUGGUACGCACCCAGUCCGAUCUACAGUCGCUUUCCUCGGUUUCUUCGAGUUCGCACGGUUCACACAGCACGUUGUUACGUUCGCUGCUGAACAUUAGCCGGCUGGACAAUAGCAAUUCCAACUCGAGUCCAAUCCGGGAACUUUUAAUGCAUACGCCAACGGAUGGAAAAAGCGUACAGCGCACAUCCACACCGGUGGCUAGCAAAUCGACCGCUAGUGGCAAUAGCUUGAGAAUGGGUGGAGAUGGAAAUACGGAUACCGCAGUGACGAACCGUACCGAGACAGGAUUAUUCUCGGGAGAAUCUCGCCUAUCGUCGGUACACUGGAGUUCCUCUUCGGGAAACUCAUCGGACAGGCAGGAACCACCGCCGCACCGGCUAACGGUGCCGGAUGUUCGAUUAGAAAGACAAUCCACCACAGAAAAAGGACAUCCAUGAAUUACGUGGCGUUGGUGUGAACACAUAAUCGUUAGAAAAUGCAUAGAUGUACACCACAAAAUAUGUUUUUCUAUAGCAUUUAGCGUGAAGCAGAACUGUUAUAAAAUACUAGCUGAAUAUGUUUUUUUUAAAUUAUUUAAGUGGUUCAUUGUGUUAUGGUUAAAAUGCAUUUUUUACGUUUUAAAUUUGACGAAUGAUUAGGAGCGUUAGGGGAUAAAAUUGUAAUCGUUUUUAAGUAUAGAUGUGAUAAAAGAAAUCUUUGUAAACAAUAAACAAUAGCGGAUGCACGUUAAUA